AUGCCGCAGGAUAUGCCCCCCGCUGGGGGCUAUAUGCCUGUCCAGUACAAGCGUAACCUGCCUGCCCGCGGUUUCAAGCCUGUCUACUAUCUCAUUGGCAUGCACCUGAUGAUGGCAUAUGGCUUCUACAAGCUCUACUACGGAGUUCGCGAGAAACAUGAGCUCGCAAGAGAGAAGAUGUGGGCGCGGAUUCACCUGAUCCCGCUCCUUCAGGCCGAGGAGGACCGUGAUCAGGUCCGACGAUACUAUGCCGACAAGGCCCGCGAGAAGGAACUGCUUGGCACUGAGACCAAGGUGUACAACUCUGAAAGAUUCGUCCGCCCUACGUUCGCGUACACUCCUAGCAAGGUCACCGAGUAA